CCCAGCCAGCCGGACAGCCGAAACAGCGCGAAACUGCCGUUAGGGUUUCUGGGUUUGAAAACAAUGGCGUCGUUCCGGUCGCUCAAGUCUGCAAUUUUCGAUAGGGAAGAGAAAAAACAACAGUACCAAGCUCACAUUCGCGGCCUCAACGCCUACGAUCGCCACAAGAAAUUCUUGAACGAUUAUGUUGGCUUCUACGGAAAAGAAAAAUCUACUGAUGUGAAGUUGCCAAUUAAAACAGAUCAUGAUACCCUGAGGGAGGGAUAUCGCUUUAUACGUUCUGAGGAAGAUGAUAUGAAUCAUUCCUGGGAGCAGAAGCUGGUGAAGCGUUACUAUGAUAAACUUUUUAAAGAAUACUGCAUAGCUGACAUGUCACAAUAUAAGUGUGGUAAGAUUGGUUUGAGGUGGCGAACAGAGAAGGAAGUUAUAUCUGGUAAAGGACAGUUUAUAUGUGGUAAUAAGCACUGCAAUGAGAAAGAUGGCUUAGCAAGCUAUGAGGUAAACUUUUCCUAUUUUGAGGAUGGAGAAAACAAGCAAGCCCUGGUGAAGUUGGUAACUUGUGAAAGAUGCGCUGAGAAGCUUCAUUACAAAAAACGGAAGGAGAAGGAGAAGGAGAAGGAGAAGGAGAAGGAGAAGGAGAAGGAGAAGGAAUUUGACAGAAAACAGAAAAAGGAUUACAAAAGAAAAAGGGAUCAGUCAAAAGACAAAGAUGACACAGAUGAGGAGCGUGAGAGGAGCAGAGAAAAGAGAAAAGGUAAAAGGGCAUCAUCUUCAGCUAUCAAUCAUGAAAGUGACGACGAUGACGAAGACUUUGAUAAGUACCUUGAGGGCAUGUUUCCAUGAUUGUAGGUGAGACUCAGGUGAAUUAGUAAAAGUCUUCUAGAGUCGCCCUUUUCUGUGCUGACACCGUAGUGUCCUGGGAGAGUUUACCCCUGUGGUAGCGACAUGCUGAGAUACCAAUUUCAGUUGAAACUUGUAAAUUUGUUUUUGUUCAUUCUGCUGCUCAGCCUGUAAAUCGUAGUAAUAAAAAUUGUGUGCUUUGCCUAUCAACUCACCAAAUAGAGGAAGAGUGGUUAUCUUACAAAGGCUGCUAAAAGAAUGUGAAAGUUUUUUAGGUGGUGUGCAGACGUUUUCUUAUGGAGAAUGGAGUUUUAUUUAAUAAA